CUCAUACCUCGAAUAAUUUGUCCCUAUUCAUCUCGAUCCAGCAUUCUAAAGUAGGAGUGUCAUCUCUCAUAUUGGGAGUCUCCUAUAAUGGCUUCACAACUAGCCACAGUCUCAUCGUUCGUUGAGGGAGCUCCUCCGGGAGAGCUCGCAGAUGUCAUAGCUGAUAUCAAAGCCCUUACGAUCGACACUCCGAACCUCGUUACCCAACUUGGCCCCGCAUUCGAAAAGUACAACGAAGAACAAUUCGCAACAGUUAAGCUGCCGGGUAGCAGCCAACCUGUUAUAGUCAGUUCGCACAACUCUCUUGGCGGAGGCAGAUAUUAUGAUGUCGAGAGCUCAACUAGUUUUGCUUUCGACCAUUCAACACAGAAAACAAGUUCCGCACAAAGUCAUGUCCUAGAAAGCAGCAAUUCAGAUCUUGUCAAGUCAGUCUUGAAGACUCUAGGUUCGCACGUCAAGGAGCACUUCCCAAAUGCAUCCUACGGUGUUUAUCCUAUUGAAAACGAUUCAAAGAUCGCCAUAGUGGUGGUUGCCAAUAAAUACAGUCCAAAUAACUUCUGGAACGGUCGCUGGCGCUCCUUAUACACGUUCUCUCCUUCGGCUUCUUCUCUCACUGGCAGUAUCAAGGUUGAUGUUCACUAUUAUGAAGACGGAAACGUACGAUUACUGACCACCAAACCCGUCUCGGCCUCUAUUUCACCAGCAUCCGCUACCUCAAUUGUACGAGAAAUCACUGUGGCCGAGAAGAAAUACCAAGAGGAGCUAAAUAAGGGGUUUAACAACCUCAGCGAGGGCGCGUUCAAGGGGCUAAGGAGACAAUUGCCCAUCACGAGACAGAAGAUUGAAUGGGACAAAAUUGCGGGCUAUCGUCUUGGUCAAGAUAUUGGAGGGGGAACUAGUAAAAGAUAACCUUGCGACAGGUUUUAGCCUGAGAGGAAUUGAGCGCUGGACCAAGACCCAUGAAGCAGCUGGAGACAGCUAUUUGAAUAUUUGAAUCUGUGAAGCAUCAAAUAUGUAUCAUUUGCCAGGGUGGUCCGCAAGGCGGAUUUACUAGCAAAGCUAAAUGAUCAACUCUGUUUUUGCAUGAGAUUGCAAUAUAUUUAAGAUUUCGACAUAUUCCUG